ACGCACGCGCAGGCCGCACCGGCCCCGGCCGAACCCAUGGCGUCCGAGCGGCUGCAGAGCCGGCCCGCCUGCCUGCUGGUGGCCAGCGGCGCCGCCGAGGGUGUGUCCGCCCAGUCCUUCCUGCACUGCUUCACGUUGGCUGGCGCCGCCUUCAACCUGCAGGUGGCCACCCCUGGGGGGAGGACCAUAGACUUCGUGGAUGUUAACGAGAGCAACGCCCGCUGGGUGCAGGAUUUCCGCCUCAAGGCCUACGCGAGCCCCGCCAAGCUGGAGUCCAUUGACGGUGCCCGGUACCACGCCCUCCUGAUUCCCAGCUGUCCCGGGGCCCUGGCCGACCUGGCCAGCAGUGGGUCCCUGGCCCGCAUCCUCCAGCACUUCCGCUCAGAGAGCAAGCCCAUCUGUGCUGUUGGUCACGGCGUCGCCGCCCUCUGCUGCGCCACCAACGAGGACCGGUCGUGGGUGUUCCAGGGCUACAGCGUCACGGGGCCCUCUGUGUACGAGCUCGUCAGGGCGCCUGGCUUUGCCCGCCUGCCCCUCAUCGUGGAGGACUUCGUGAAGGACGCGGGCGCCAACUUCAGUGCCAGCGAGCCUGAUGCUGUGCACGUGGUGCUGGACCGCCACCUCGUCACGGGCCAGAACGCCAGCUCCACCGUCCCGGCUGUGCAGAAUCUGCUCUUCCUGUGCGGCAGCCGGAAGUGACAUGGCUUCCCGCGGAGCCAGCCGGCCUGCCAGUGGACGCUGCCACCUCAGGCCUCCGGGGACCCUGCCUCCACGACCGCCCCUGAGAGCGACUUUCCCGGCCCCUGCCUGACCCUGUGGGAUUGUUGGGGGCCUCCGAGACUGAGCCCUGAGGGGCGUUUUCUUUGGAGCGGAGGGAGAGCUGAGGGCCGAUAGGUGGUCUCUGAGAAUUCCAAGUGAGCGUAACGCGCAGAGCGGGUCUGAGUCGGCCGCGGGGGUCCUGGUGUGGGGUCUCGGCGCCCCCUGGUCUUCCUGGGCGCUGGGUCUCUCGCCCUUGCCUGUCCCCGUCUGCCCAGGCUGAGCCUCGCCAGGGCACCGGGAUCCCAUUUUGUGUGGUGACGGUGCCUGGGCUGCUGCCCCCACCGCUGUGGGUGUUGGGGGGCUGUGCUAGCUCCCGGCCCCCAGAACGCCCCCGGACCGGCGGGUGCUGAAGGAGCCGCCCUAAUUGUAGUCCUUGCCUGGUGUGUGGUUUCGCAUUGUGAUGGCGGCACUGCGCCAGGCCAGGGUGGACCCAGGGGCAGGUGUCACCACGCUCCUGAGGGAAACGUGCUCGUGUGUCUUCAGAGCGGUGCUGCUGGCCCGCAGCGCUGCUGCCGGGUGGCCUCCAGGCUUGCAGCCGCACCUCUGCUUGUGAAGUAGAAGUGACAGUGGCACAGGCCCUACCGGGCGGGAGGCCUUGCGUGUGGCCGGCCUGGGUCUGGGGCGGCGGUCGGUCCGCACCAUCCAGGACCCCGCAGGCCUUUGCUGGGGAGGCCCCUUCCCGGUGCGUCCGGAUCACCCUGUGGUCUCCUCGGGGUGCCUGGCCCAGGCUGCGGCCCACGGUGGGACCUCCAGGAGCCGCCCGGGCCUUCUUGUGGGUCCCACCUUCCGCCGGCCCCUCCCCGUCUGGGCCCAGCUCUGCACCCAGCCCCUUGGAACAAAGGAGGAGCAAGGAAGCAAGGCAUCCCUGGGUCUCAGGCCGCUCCUUCCAGUGCCGCAGACCACUCUGAGAUGCUCCCACGCCCCCUCCGCUUCGGGUGUUUGCUGGGAGCACUGUACCAGGAGCUCCUGACACCGCUGUCGCCCUGCUCUGUGCCCACUGCGGGCUGGCCACCCGCACCCAGGGGCCUUGGUCCUACUCUGCCUGCACGGAUCACCGCAGGUUUCUUAAAGAUCACGCCUCGUGGGUAUCAUCUGUACCAUCUACAGAGAGCUGGUGAUGGUUUUGCUUCUGAGUGUCAGAUCAAGGUGCCGGCGGGCCCUGCCGAGCGCCCCACACAGCCGCUUCCUGGGCAGCCGAUGUGGCUCGGCCCUGGCUUUGCCCAGGUCAGGGUGUGGGGCUGGGGGUGCCUCCAGGCUUCGAGAAACGCGGGCCCCCCCGGAAGGGGCAGGGUGUGGGUGUGGGCGGCCUGCUGCUCUGGGAUGCCCCCACAUGCCUAGGGCUUUAAAACAGACCCUGACGUCCGCCUGCAGGAAAUGACCUACGGGAACAACGCGUAAGCGUCUGUAGCAGCAUUAGUCACAAUAACAAACGUAAAACAAAUUGUGGUUUCCA